AUGAUAUUUGGUAACACAGAGGCAACUUCUGGUUCAUCCGAGGAUCUCGAAGUGCGCACCUAUCCUUCGAUGAAAGCUUUGUUCUUGCUAAGGCAUGCUCAUGAGGAAGGGAUGUAG